AUGUGCAAACACAUCCUGAAUGCCCAAGUCGCGAUCCGCGCGCCCUGCUGCAAGCAGUGGUUCGAUUGCGCUGAAUGUCAUGCCGAGACGCAGGACCACCGCCUGGCGAAGACGGCCGAGAUGACGCUCAUGUGCAAGAAGUGCAGGAAGGCGUUCAGGAAGGACAUGUCCAACUACGAGGAGAGCGACGAGUACUGCCCGCACUGCGACAACCAUUAUGUCCUUGAGGCUAAGACGCCUCAAGCAGUCCUUGGAGUGGAAGGCGACGACCCAAGGAUCAACGCACGGAUGCUGAAAGACGAACGCGUCAAACGAGAUCCCUCCCGUUCUCUGUUCGGCCAGGACCUGUCAGAUCGGGUGGGGUGA